AGUCUUCCACUUACAUUGGCCAUCCCCUACUCUGCAUCACAUCCUUUUUACAACGGUAUAAAACUUGCUACCGAAUUCGAAAAAGCACACAUUGACUUAUACUCUUCAACUGGACAAGUCUGCUAUAACUAACAGCCCACAACAUGUACAAGCUGGCUAUCCUGUUCGCCGUGCUAGCUGUAGCUUGCGCCAAACCAGGCAGCUGGGUUUCUCAUUCUCCUGUAGUCUACUCGGCCGCCCCCGUUUUGAAAGCCGCCCCUCUAGUUGCCGCCCCCGCAUACCAUGCUGCCCCCCUAGCCUACACGGCCCCCCUGGCAUACUCGGCGCCCUAUGUGAAGGCGGCUCCCUUGGCGUAUGCCGCCCCCUACGUUAAAGCGGCUCCCUUGGCGUAUGCCGCGCCCGCUCAUUACGCCUACUCAGCGCCCUACUACAAGGCUUACGCCCCUGGAUUUGUCUACUAAGGAAUUAUGGCGCUACUAAUAUUUUUGUAGCAAGAAAAAUGGUUCUACCACAUCUGGAAUUUGCAACAGGAAACAAUAGAAUCCAUACAAGAAUAAUUUCAAUAUCAUGUAAACUACUAAAAGAGUUUGGCACUGAAUUAAUUUCACUGUAUAAGGAAUUAUGGUUCCAGUAAGAAAAGUGGACCUACUACGACAGGAAGCUAUUGGAAUCUAAACAGGAAUUUGGGGAUCAUGUUACUGACAGACUGAAAGAAUUUGCCAAUAAAUUUUUCCUACUUUAUCAUUCGCUUAGUACGGAAUUGGAUAAAAAUCACAGGCACUGUCCUUUUCUCUUAAGAGCUACUCCUAAAAGUAGAAAAAUAAAUAAAUAAAAAAGUGAAAAAAUAUAAAUCCAAAUACCCUUUUUUUAAUAAUUUAUUUUAAAAAUGGUACUCAGAUUUCUAUCUCUAUUUAUAUUCACUGGUACUGUACAGGAGUCUACAGAAAUUUACAGAAAAUAUGAAGGAAUUCUAUUGAAACACAAUAGGAUAUAUCAAGUAAAUUUUUACUGAAUCACAACAUAACCGGUUUCAACUCUUUAAGAGCCAAAAUGGUUCACAAAAUUUUUGUGAGACAAUACUAUUUCAGUUCCUAUAAAGUUUUUGUGUUCUAAAUUAUGCUUUGGAAGAGCUUCAUGAAUUGCAUGUAAAAAGUGUGAAAUAAAGUGUAAAUAUUCGAAUUGGA